AUGGAGUCCACCACCAGGCUGACCCCCGAUGAUCGACCGACAAAGCGAGCCAAAACCGAAGAGCCAGAUGAGUCUAUGGCCAUACCCGAAUCCAAUAGUAUUAAAAAAGAAGAGCCUACGUUAGACGAUCUGGAUGACGAGGACCCAUACGCAGGAUACGACGAGAAACAAGAAAAUACACGAGCAGCGGACUUAUAUCUUGAUACCGUAAACCGUGCGGCCCUCGACUUUGAUUUUGAAAAAUAUUUCCAAGGGCGAGGGAAAUCGUCCCAUGCGUAUGCACAUUCAAUUCAUGAAGACCACCAUGUGUUCAUUCACCUCGAGACCACAGAGGUGUACGUCCUUCCUGAUGGGUACCAAGUCUCCGACCCUUCACUUGACGAUAUCAAAUACGUCCUCUCACCUCGUUUCUCGCCUGCCCAGAUCGCCAAACUACGCACAGACAACAUACAGACAUCUUACGACCUGAUGUCAAGGCCGUAUAUUCCCGGAUAUGUAGGGCUUCAAAACAUAAAACGCAAUGACUAUCUGUCAGUAAUUGUUCAAGCAUUACUACAUGUCCCACCUGUAAGGGACUUUCUAUUGGCAAUGGAUGGAUCUACCGUGCCUACGCCGAAAACAAAACCGAGCGCCGCUCCCAUAAAACCGGUCAAACAGCCUUCGGAGCUUGUGCGUCGGUUCGCAGGAUUAGCUAAAAAAGUAUGGAAUCCUCGGCUAUUCAAAUCUCAAGUAAGCCCCCACGAGUUUUUACAAGAAGUGGCGAGGGUGAGCGUAGGCAAAUUCAAAAUCACAGAGCAAGGCGAUCCGGUUGAGUUUUUGGGAUGGUUGUUAAAUAGAAUACAUGCAGACCUUGGAGGAACUAAGAAAAGGGGAUCCAGUAUAAUUUAUUCGUCGUUUCAGGGAGAGGUUAGAUUAGAGACCCAGCAGGUUAUAGUCAAAGCCGAUGCGGCAAGCGGGGUCAAACCUCAUUUCGAUAUUGACCGAGAAAUUAAGCAAACUACAACGCCUUUCUUGUUACUUGCCCUCGACCUCCCGCCACCACCUCUCUUCCAGGACGCCGUUGAGAAAAACAUCAUUCCGCAAGUCUCGCUGGCUUCGCUUCUGGCCAAAUAUGAUGGCAAGACGACGCAGGAGUUUGCAGGCCAGCUGAAGAGAUUUAGAUGCACGAAGUUACCACCGUACAUAAUUCUCCAUUUUAAACGAUUCACAAAGAACAAUUUUGUAGAGGAGAGGAAUCCAACAAUUGUCAACUUUCCGAUUGACGGAGUCGAUUUCAGCCAAGCCACAAGUGCUGGAACGUUCGCCCGAAUUAGCCAAUGCACCAUUAUUUAUGACCUGGUCGCAAACGUCACACAAGAGUCAGCAGCUGGGACGACGCACGACAAAGAAAGUACCGUGUGGAAGAUUCAUUUACGGGCUGGGCGAGGGGAGCGCGAACAGUGGUUCCAGAUCCAAGACAUGAUUGUGGAGGAGACGAGAAAGGAAAUGAUUUUCUUGGGGGAGACUGUUGUACAGAUCUGGGAGUUGAGUCGACGGGUGCCUGUGAAAGGAAAAGCGUAG